AGUUACUGUAUUUUGCUGGUUCAAGCUACAAUUUUUCUGUCUAAAAAAGGUCCUGUAGAAUGCGGCCCACUUUUGACAUACAUUAGUGUAUGUUAGAGGGCGGUUAGCUCUGUCACCUCGCAGCAAGAAGACUCAUAGACUGUAUAAAGCCCCAUACAACCCUGCAAAGGAUAAGUGGGGAUGGAUGAAGUAUAUUAUAUUCAUGUUGGGGGAAUACACUAUUGACUGUAUAUAAAGGAAUACACUCACAUAUCUGUCUAUUUUAGGAGCUAACUAGUGUUAAAAUGGAGCUACAUUGCAACAGCUGGUUAGCUUAGCUUAGCAUAACUACUAGAAACGGGGAAACAGAUACUCAGCCUGGCUCAGUCCAAAGGUAAUAAAAUCUGCCUACCACCACCUGUAAAGCUCACCUAUCUUUGACCUGUACAAAAACUGAAGUUUAAAACAAUGUCAUUGUUUGAGGUUUUAUUAUUUAUCAUUGGGGUUUAUGUAUGGAACUAUUUCUUGUCGGCUGGUUGCCAGGCAAGGGGACAACACUCCAGAAAGUUAACUUUCUGCUCCAUAUUUACAUGUAGGCCUACAAUAGCUAGUGGUAUCAAUCUUCUCAUAUUGUUAUUCAGUUCAGCUUUGGUAAUUUAAUGCUAAAUGCUUGAUGUAGCAUAACAGUAAACAAGUAGAAAAGUAUACUGACUCUGUUAGUUACACAGCAAUAUCUAGCAAAAGUUUGGUAAUAUUAGCUAACUUUAGCCACCAUAAGCUAUUGAUCAUACCAGACCAAAUAAGGCUGUAGCAGUAAAACUCCUGAGAGUUGAACUGAGCAUCUGUGUCUUUCACUGCUUAUUGAUCAAUAUUUGUGAGAGGAAGAAUGUGUUAUCUUCUUUCAAAAGUUAUAAAGUUUAAAUUUGAUUGCCUAUGUCAUAGUAUAACUCCAAUAAUUAUAACAACAACUAUUAAAAUGAUGAAAAAAUUUGAAAAUAAUGGAGUGCAUUAGGCUCCAGGGAUCCUGAUCUCAGAUACUGAUAUUCCCAAGUGCUUGGAUGACAGGAAAACCACUGUGUGAGCUGUGACAUCAACCUUUCAGUUCACAGCAAUCAGAAGACUCACCUGACGUGCAUUUCCCAAGCAGUGCACUUUAACUUGUAAAAUAUAUAUAUGUCUAGAGAUACCUUGGCAUUUCAUCAAUGGCUGGCUUUUGUAUAAGCCAUCCAAAGAAUGUCUUUAACGUCUGAAGGAUGGAAGACCUCAACAGGGAAAUUAUAUUGUGUCACACAUACAGACACGCACACAAGUACAUGCACACAGGCGCAAGAUAUAUUAUGUAAUCACAUUUCCCCGGUGUGGCUAUAUUUGUUCACAGUGUUGUCACUGAGGUGGAGCUUGUCAAAAGUUUCAAGGAAAGAGAAAGAGCUCUGGAGCAGUAGUGUUGGCCUCUGUGACUGUACACAGCUGUCUGCCAUGGCCAGAAUAUAGCCUACUGAUUGACCACAAUGGCACCUGAAUUGCUGGAGUCCAACACAAAACUGUCCAUCUCAGCUUUUCUUUGGAACCUUCAAAAAGCAACCACAUAUCUACCUUCAUCACAAAGUGAAACCUUCGCUUGAGCCUUUCAACUGAUGGCAAAAUGUCAGACAUUCAAUACACUAAACUGCGAUGGUUAUUAACCAUUGCUGGACUGUUCUUGUAUGUGGUGGACAUUCUGACAGACAUCGGUCUGGCACUGAAAUAUUUUCAAGAGAAACAUUUUGUGUGGACUGGAUUGACUCUAAUGUUUGUUCUGGUUGGGCUGCUGGUGACUCAGAUCUUCAGCCAUGCCUGGUACAGGGACGACAUGAAUGAUGUUCUGAUAAACCCUGAGGGGAAAACAACCAUACAAGGAAUGUCCAAAGGUGGACUUGCUGCCCUGCACCUAUUUGGCUUGGGCAUCUUCACCAGGUAUUAUCACCUGCUGAAACAAGGGUUCAAAGUGGUUUGGACAACAACAAACCCCUAUAUAGUUGAAGAGAGAAGAGAUGUGCACCACAAUCUGUUUUGCCUGGCGACUGAUCUGAGCAUGCUCAAACUGUUUGAGGCUUUCCUGGAGAGUGUUCCCCAACUUCUUCUACAACUAUACAUACUGCUGGGCCAUGAUGAGUGCUCAUUCAUUCAGUAUUUAUCUAUGGCAUUCUCCCUCUUCAACAUUGCCUGGGCCCUGGUGAACUAUCGCCGUUGCCUGCGCAGGUCCCUCCGCGACAUCAAGGAGAUGCCCUCUGGCCUCCCCACAGCAAUCUACCUCUUCUACAAACUCUGUACCAUGACCAGCCGCAUCCUCAGCUACACCCUCCUCCUCAUACUGAGCAGCUACAGCACAGUUGCCCUCACCAUCCUCUGGCUGCUGUGGACAACCUGGGCACACUUGCUUCAAACUAACUUCUGCUCAUCCAGAAGCCUUGAGCUUCUGUACAGAGCAGUCACCGGAGUUAUCCUCAUAUUCACCUUUUUCAACAUCAAAGGACAGGACACCAGAGCAGCCAUGAUCAUCUACUACUUGUUCUAUUGCGUUAUAAACAUUACUGCUCCUUUACUGCUGGCCUUUCUAAAGCCAGAGUUGCAGAAAACCACGUUUUUUCGAACAAUCACUGGUUUAAUCUUUGGAGGUUCAGUGCUGGGGCUGGUGUGCCUCGUGCUGUACUACCUCCUCCUGCAUCCCAGAGAGAUGUGGCGUCAGGCAGAUGAGGUGGAUGGCAUGGGUAAUGAACCCAGGACCACAAGCAGAAUAAGGAAGUUUUUGCAGCUUUGAUGAAGGUUUGUUAAAAAAAAUAGAAAUAAUAUUUUCCCCAGCCUGGUUAUGGGGAUGUAGAGAAAAACGAUUCUGAAUCUGCAGGUACCUAACAAUUUUAAGAGGAAAGGGUAAAAAGAGCCUAUACAAGGAGAUGUCAUCUUAAUAUUGUGCUCAUUAUUCAUUAGGCUACAUACGAGUACUGCUAUCAAUUAAUUUACCAUAUUCUGAGGUGAAGUUUGCUUUUUCAUUACUGAUACAAAUGACUAGGUAAGCAAAUAAGUGCAAAAUAGUUGAAUGUAGCAAUCAAAAUCUUUAUUUAUUCUUGUUUUAACAAACUUGUUAUGAAUGAUAUAUUUAUUCUUAUCAUAUCUAUAAAAAGUAAUUUAUUUGCUGAUCCUAAUGGACAGCUGGCAUAUUCUCCUUAGAUUGCCUGAAUAUAUUUUAUAUCAUUGUGACCAACACUGUCUAUUAAUAAUGCAUUGUAAAUAAUCCAAUCUAGAUAUUCUAUCAUGAUAAAAAUAAUUUCUCUACUUUUUAUGUUAGAUAUACACAUUUAUGUGACGGACAAAGACACAAUGAUAAGCUGUUAGAUGGUAUACUUGCAAGCUGUUUUCUGAUUAAGUUUUUUUCCACACCUUGUUGUCAGACCCUAGAAGUCGGGUAUUUACAGUCCAGUAAUAUCAUCUGGUAUGCCUCAGCUGAAUACUAUCUGGUGUUUGUGGGCAGAUGUUUUCUUUAAGCCUGUAACACACAUGUUAAACACAAGGUGGUGUUAUUGUCUAGGUUGAUUUUUCUAGGCGAGGUCUUACUCUACACUACUGGACCUACAUUAGCAACACUCAUCGAGUUAUCCUUUUAGUCAAUAUUUCAAGAUCAAGACAAACCUUUUCCAAUUACUCUAAUGUCUUCUCCCUUAAUAUUUCCAGCGCCCAGUUGGAUGUAAUCUCACAAUACGUAAGUGCUUGUUAAUCUUUAAAUUCUGAACUAUAUGAUUUAAGUAAUUCCUUAAUUAGAUUAUCCUUUCCUUUUGUUUGAAGUAGAGAUGCGUGUUAUUUGCCAGAGCAUCUUAUCUUCUUGUUCUUUUUCAGCCUCUUUUCACCAAUCCCCUCCCCCAGAAUGUCUCUUUAGUUUAAUUAAACAUGAGAACCAAAUGCCUAA